ACGGGUCACAGUUGCACAGUGUUCUUCUGCUUGCUCCCACUUGGAGAUGUUAGGUACCGAAGGAAAUUCAUGCCCAUGCAUUGAGAAAUGGUUAUCUGGUUGAGAAUUCUUUUGUUGGUAGUGCUUUAGUUGAUAUGUAUUGCAAUUGUGGAAAGGCUGAAAGUGCUCGUCAAGUUUUUGAUGGUAUCUUGAACAGGAAAAUAGGGGUUUGGAAUGCUAUGAUUGCUGGUUAUGCACAAAACGAGCAGGAUGAGAAGGCGUUGAUGCUUUUUAUUGAAAUGGAAGCCUUUGCAGGGCUUCAUCCCAAUUCAACCACAAUGGCAGUUAUUGUGCCUGCUUGUGUACGCUGUGCAACCUUUUCUAAUAAAGAAGCCAUACAUGGGUAUGUGAUAAAGAGGGGUUUAGAAAGGGAUAUAUAUGUGCAAAAUGCACUUAUUGAUAUGUACUCUAGGAUGGGGAAGAUAGAUGUUUCAAAGACGAUUUUUAGUAGCAUGGAGGUAAGAGAUAUAGUUUCAUGGAACACAAUGAUAACUGGUUAUGUAAUUUCUGGAUGCUAUGGGGAUGCACUUUUGCUCCUCCAUGAGAUGCGACAAGCAGAUGAAGGAAAUAACAAACAUGAUCAUGAAAAACGAGUUCGUUUUAUUCCUAAUUCAAUAACCCUCAUGACUGUCCUUCCUGGUUGCGCUUCACUGGCAGCAUUGGCAAAGGGUAAAGAAAUUCAUGCUUAUGCUAUCAGAAAUUCAUUGGCAUCAGAAGUCACUGUAGGAAGUGCAUUAGUUGACAUGUAUGCAAAAUGUGGCUGCUUAAACUUAUCUAGAAAAGUAUUCAAUCAAAUGCCCAUUAGAAAUGUUAUUACCUGGAAUGUGAUUAUCAUGGCUUAUGGGAUGCAUGGGAAUGGGGAGGAGGCCUUACAGCUGUUCAAAGAUAUGGUGGCUGGGGGAGAAGUAAAGCCUACUGAUGUUACUUUCAUAGCAAUUUUUGCUGCUUGUAGUCAUUCAGGAAUGGUUGAUGAGGGACUACAUCUGUUCCAGAGCAUGAAAGAGGAACAUGAUAUUGAACCUGGCCCAGAUCACUAUGCUUGUGUAGUGGACUUACUUGGUAGAGCUGGCCAAGUGGAACGAGCGUAUGAAUUCAUCAAUACAACACCUUCUUGUUUUGACAAUAUUGGGGCCUGGAGUAGCUUGCUCGGAGCAUGUCGACUACACCAAAAUGUGAAAAUAGGGGAAAUUGCUGCUCAACACCUAAUCAACACCUAA